AUGGACCAACACCACCCAUUCCGAGCUGCGAUGUCUCUUGCGAAUGUUGUGUGUUCUGGAGCUGAGGGUGUGGCGGAUCGCCGCCUGGCGGAGCUAGCUUCGUCGGCGGCCCCAUCCGGCCCCCCACCUACGACAACCCGGCCAAUUGACCCGGACCCUGAGAUGGCUCAUUCUUUGGAUUCUCCGCCUGGACGUACAGUCUCCUCCGCGAGCGGCUUACCGCCGACGCCGUCCUUUUCUGCAGAUUCUUCAGGGCGAUGUGGGAUCGAUUCAGAAAUCGAUACCGCCGCCCUUAGGCGGUUAGAUAGGGCACAUGGCGCGUCAGGGCCCCCUUCACGUGGGACCAGCCCGCGCGCGCCGAGGCAAAGUCAGGAUUUCCUUCGUCCCUCGUCCGCCCUCGACAUGCCGGACAUUUCUGAUGCGGUCAAUGUCCCUGAGGAGUCGGACUGCGAUUCCCUUGGCUGCUUCAUGGAUGACAGUGACAUCGCGGAGGGCCUGGAGGAACACCUCACCGCUCUCCGUGACGCUGCAGAGGAAGAGGGCCAACAGGUCGACCCUGUCCGGCGUCAGACCGCCCUCUACCCCAACAUGACUGCCGCGGCCGCCGACAGCGAUACCGGGGGCGGGAUGGAGUUCGACGACGACCAUCGGCGCCCGGUCGCUGAGCGCCGGAAGCGGCAGUUAGCCUCCUCAUCGGACUCUGAGGCCCCUCCGCCCGCUGACCGCGGGCACACCAAGAAGAAGAAGGCCGUUAUUGACGCGGAGGGCUUCCAGGUGCCGCGCAAAACGGCACCUCGUCGCCAGAUCACCACGUCCUUGUCGGACGUGCCCGUCAGCAACGCGUUCGCGGCUAUUGAUGGUGCCGCGGACGCCCCACCCCCUCCACCCCAGAAAAUGGGGAAAAUUGGACCACAGCCAAAACUGGCAAGAAACAAAACACCAGACGGGGAAAAGACCCAAGCAAACAACACAACACCACAACUCCUCUCCCCGGCUGAGCAGCGGGGACGAGAAAAGGAGACUGCAUUUUUAGCGAAAGAAAUGGCUAAAAAGAAACUCGCCAAACCGGCAAGCGCCAAAUACUACACAGCCCGACAGAGCCGCCAAAAUCGCGCUCUGUCUGCACCACAAAAGCACACAAAGGGCACCCGCGUCGGCAUCACGAAACCAGCGCAAAAAAGCCCAACCAACCGCGUCGCGUCGACUUCCGCAUCUGCGAGCAGACCGACGACGACAAACACUUCAGUAAACUCCACCCCACAACAACAGCAAGGGGCAGGGAAAAGGAAGUCUCAGAUCCCCACAAGAAUACACAAUUUCGAGAGUCCCAACCGUUUUGACGCCUUGGGGGACUCGGAUGAGGAAGGCGAGACAACCGCCACCCCAGACGUCAACCCGCCGCCGCCGCCGCCACCACAACAAACUCCACCAAGGGAUACACCAACAGCUCCAACCGCUACGUCACACGACGACAACUCGACUCCCGCCGUCGAGGGUCAGCAACAGUCCACCGACAGCGGAGAGGACGAGACAAAUCCCAGAAAUGUGCCACCAAUAGUGGUGUACCAACUAGAGGGGCACACCAAACUAAACAAAGCUAUAAAAAGCAAGAUAGCAGCCCCCGUAAAGGCCAUUUUCCGGGUGACUCAGUCAAGUACAAUUUCGAGUCCCUAA